AUGCGACAGUCAAAGUCUCAUAACUUACGGAACAGGCCACAGCUGCGAAACACUUCAGAAACACGAAAACGACACGUGCGAAAGAGGUCAAAAACUGACGAGUUGUCGGAUCACGUAGUAAUAGAUGAUAUUUUUUCACCUUUACAUAAUAACGCCACCCGACAGAGCGAAGAUGACGACAGCGACGAUUCUGAUUUGUCGUCAUUGGAUUUCUCGGGUACACACAAAAAGCGGAAGCCGCGCCCGUCCGUCGCUGCGGAGAUUCAACAAGAGACGACUAUGGAAGAAGUGCAAGUUAAUAAUCAGAAGGAAUCUUUACCACUGUCUUCUAGCCCUUUGACAAAAGAACAGAACGAGAGUAAUUGGCGUCGAAGCACGCGUCUUUUGCACAAGGUCGAAGAUACGUCUCUUGAAAAACACACUGAUUCUAAAGUACAAGAGGAUAGUGAAAGACCGAAGCAGUGGGACAUCCACGGCAAGACCAAGAAACAAAAAGAAAAAUAUUUCUCUCGUCGGAUCAAACCUGGUGAAGCUGAAGCGGAGUUCAAAAACAUAGUCAACGAAGCAAACUACGCACGAAUGACAGAUGAACAAAAGGCACGUCUACACAGGCUUAUUCCGAAUAUCGAUCUGGUGCCCGUUGGUACAUCUUUACAAAGCACUCCGGUCGAAGUAGAGAAAUCAUGCAAAGUUUAUGACAACGUGCAGGCAAAGGUCGAGCAUAUGGAUAUCAGCGACUCGAACGACCAGAAAAUUACACCUGCCGCGGUGGAGGGGAAUCUUAUGAAUAUCAAUGAAAAUGAUGCGAGCACAACCCCCCCACAUCAACCUACUAUUAAACAUGUCCUAAGACCCUAUUUCUUCCAUGAUGUCAUAUACAAAGAGUGCGUUACUGAGUUUCAGGAACAGCUGUACAAUGGAGAAUGUACGGAAGAAUAUAAAGCAACAGUUCGUAAAGCGAAAGAGGAUUAUCUUAAUUCAAAUGAGGUCGAGCCGUGGAAGGAUUUGGAAUUUGAAAAACAGUGGGGCGAACUUAGUGUUGACUCUCGUACUCAAAUUGCUGGAGAUUCUGCUUCUAUUGCCUUAACUGACAUGGCUCUUGCAAAAUUAAUUCGUGAGAAUGAUAUACUUUUCUACGAACGAUGUUUUAACAAAGUUGAUGUAAAAGUCGUAUCACGAGUCAGAGUGAUUUCUAUAAAUAAGAGGAAUGGAGCACUUACGGUUGCUGACGAAAAGGAUCCGGCCUUGGUAUUUGAUGACAUAGUUAAGCCAACCACACUUGAGACGCAAAUAAUAGAUGAAGAUGGACGGGUUCCAAAGGAUAGACGACCAAAUGGAAACGCCUUUCGAUCGAUAAAACUGAUACGGAAUGGUAAAAAUCUUGGGUCGCUUUUUCAUAUAAGAAAAGAAUACUUUUAUAAAGCGAUUGGUGGACAGAAAGAUUAG